CGUUAGAGAAAUAAUUGUUCUAAUAAUGCAAAAGCAUGGGAAUCAGCAUAUGCGGGUCGGUUUAGACACUGGGAAGCACUGGCAGGAAAGUCAAACAUUCGGAAGAAUGUUUCUAUGGAUGCAGAAACUGUUGUGAUAUUAUAAUAAUAGAUAUACAACUUGAUAACAAUAACUUUGGAGGAAAUACCAUUCCAGUUUCUUACGUCAACAUGUCAAAAUUGGUCAAAUUGAGCCUUAGGAAUUGCAAAGUGCAAGGACCAAUUCCGGACCUAAGCAUGAUACCGCACCUUCUUUAUGUCGACCUUAGCUUCAAUCAGUUGAAUGGAUCAAUUCCUCCUAAUAAGCUUGCUGAAAAUAUCACAACUGUUAUUUUAUCAAACAACAAUCUUACUGGAACUAUUCCAUCCUAUUUUUUUGAUCUUCCACGUCUCCAGACAUUGUCGCUUGCAAACAAUUCAUUGGAUGGAAGUGUUCCUUCCAGCAUUUGGCAGAACAAUAUUUCAAAUGCUGGUAAAAGAUUGCUACUAGAGUUGCAAAACAAUCAAUUUAUAAACAUAUCAGGAAGUACUAAUCUUCCUCCAAAUGUCACACUCUUGCUUGAUGGGAAUCCCCUAUGCUCAAAUAACACACUGAAUCAGUUCUGUAAACUUGAAGGAGCUGGUAGUGAAACAAAUGGCACAUCUCCAAAAAACUCCAGUGACCCUUGUCCAAAUCAAAGAUGUCCACCUCAUGAAUUCUAUGUGAACUGUUUCUGUGUGGCUCCAUUGAUUAUCGGUUAUCGACUGAGAAGUCCUAGUUUUUCAGAUUUUACUCCAUAUUUCCCUUCUAAUCUUACGCUGCAUGCCAAUCAACUAAGUUAUACUUAUGAGUGGCAAGUAGGACCACAGUUGGUAAUGAUCUUGAACCUUUAUCCUGAAUAUGUUGAUAACAAUAGCUCUCAAACUUUCAAUUCAAGUGAGAUCCAACGGAUUGCAAACAUGUUCACUGGAUGGUUCAUUCCUAACCUUGAUAUGUUCGGGCCUUAUGACCUGAUGGAUCGGAUUCGUUAUGGGACUGAGACCCCUUCCGAUUCAGACUUAACCACAGGUGCUUUGGUUGGCAUAAUCUUAGGCUCAAUUGCAUGUGUGUUGUCGUUGUCAGCAAUUUUUAUUCUUUUAAUAUUAAGAAUAAGAUUAAGACGACCUGAUGCAGUUUCUAAACCACGUCAUUCAUCUAAGAUCUCAAUGCAAAUUGAUGGCACAAGAGCUUUUACUUACGAGGAGUUGUCUGCUGCUACAAGCAAUUUUGACAACAAUGCUCAAAUUGGACAAGGAGGCUACGGGAAGGUUUAUAAAGGUAUUCUUUCUAAUGGAACUGUGGUUGCCAUAAAACGUGCACAGCAAGGAUCACUGCAAGGUGAGAAGGAAUUUCUCAGAGAAAUAAGAAUACUAUCAAGGAUACAUCAUCGCAACCUUGUGUCUUUGAUUGGAUACUGUGAUGAAGAAGGGGAACAGAUGCUGGUUUAUGAAUUUAUGUCCAAUGGCACUCUAAGAGACCACCUUUCUGUUACAUCAGAAAAACCUUUGACAUUUGCUAUGAGAUUGAAGAUAGCACUCGAGUCAGCUAAAGGUCUCAUGUAUCUACACACAGAAGCUGACCCUCCGAUAUUUCACCGAGAUGUUAAAUCAAGCAACAUAUUAUUAGACUCUAAGUUUACUGCAAAAACUGCAGACUUUGGACUUUCACGACUUGCCCCAGUUUCAGAUGUUCACGGCGUUGUACCUGGUCAUGUAUCCACGGUAGUAAAGGGCACACCGGGUUACCUUGAUCCAGAGUACUUCUUAACACACAUUGACUGACAUGUUCCGACUAGUUCUCACCGGAAAUGAAUGGAUGAGCAAGCUCUAAUCAUUAUAGACCACACAAAAUUGUCGGUGAAAUCGUAACCCUAUAAAAUUGUCGGCAAAAAUCCGAGCAUACAAAAAUUUGAUAAAACACACUUCCAGAAAUUUUAUGUAUCAACUAAAUUUCCGGUAUAGACUAGUAAAUUUUGAAAUUUUCGGAACAUUCUGUAACAUACCAGAAAUUUAGUAGAUAUCAGAAAUUUAGUAGAUAUCAGAAAUUUUGAUUAUUGUAUCGGAAAUUUAGUUCGGAAAUGUUAUUCUUUUUUUGAGAGAGGGUACAUUUGAAAUUAAGAAAAAAAGGGGUGUCAUAUAUAAUUUUGGGGUGGCAUCUUGAAACCUCCAACUUAUUGGGCAGGACAAAACCCAAAGGCCUGUGCUCCAACCGAACGAGUUUAGUGAAAGGGGAUUUCAUAAUCCAUCUGGUGGUGGGAGAAAAAACCACUGAAAACUCUAAAAUACCCUUCGGAGAUGCAUCUUCGAACGCACCUCAUAAUCAAGAUGUUUUUAGAGAUGCAUAUCCGAAAAUUCUAAUAUUUGGUCUUAGGAUUUAUUGGAGAUGUAUUUCCGAAAAAAUUUAAUAUUUGUUAAAAAAAAAAUUAAAACCGAGGUGUAUCAAUUGUAUUUAA